AUGAUGGAUGGUGAAGAGCAGCACGACAUGGUCAUAGGCCAACGAGUUGACUUUAUGAGGCUUCUAACAUGUCUCACGCUAUUGACCAGUAUUGAUACCGAUAAAGAUGAUAAGCUGCGAAUGCUGGUUGAUAUACAUGAUGAUGACGAUGAUCGGUGCCUCUAUGUGAAGCAACUAUAUGCUCUUGUGAAGAACGCGACGAGCGUGGCUGCCUGUGUUUAUAGACGAUGCACUGGUGCCGCACUAGAGGGAGGUACUCAAGUCACUGAUGGUGGGGACUCUGUUAUUGCCGAAGUCGAUAGGCAGCAAUGCAACAGGGUUUUCGUAAGCAGCAGCAUCAGCACGGCUGGCUACAAUGCCGAGGGUACCCCUCAUGCAGCCAUAGUAAAAGGGAUCAAUGAACGACAUGCACGGCAGAAGCAACGCAAGACCAUGCGACAUCGGUUGGCAGGAUUAGCAAGGCUCAAUCGUACCAAUGCCUUCAAGCCCGAUCUAUGCUUCAUCCGCAAGGGAUUAGAACAUCUCGGUCUCAUAUCGGAGGGGGAGGAGGAGAAGGAGGAGCGUGAGAGCACUAGGAGGCACCCAGACUCUCCUUCUACCUCGACAACAGACUCGGCCAUCGAUAGCGAUCCGGAUUGGUCACAAUUCGAGACCGUCUUUCGUGAAUCUAAGACGGGAGGCUGUCAGCUGCAGAAGCCUUCUGACAGGCAUAUUGAGAACGUCCAGAAUAUGACGAAACGAUGGCCAAGUGGAGGGUCCACCAAUGUACCAUCAACCCUCUCGACUGAGAUGACCACCUUGCGUGAUGACGAGAUCGACUGGCGCUGA